AUGAUGACAGCAGAACAGAAGGGUGUAUAUGACAGCAUAAUGCAAUCGGUGUUGUCUGAUAGUGGCGGAUUUUACUUUUUGUAUCGAUAUGGAGGAACUGGCAAAACUUUUGUCUGGAAUACAUUAUCUGCAGCCAUCCGUUCAAUGGGUAUGAUUGUUCUGAAUGUUGCUUCAAGUGGUAUUGCUUCUUUGUUGUUGCCGGGUGGUAGAACAACACAUUCCAGAUUUUGCAUUCCAUUGCAAACCGAUGAAACAACUACUUGCAACAUCAAACAAGGUAGUUUAAGGGCAAAUUUACUGAUCUGUGCCAAAUUGAUCAUUUGGGAUGAAGCUCCUAUGUUAAAUAAGAAUUGUUUUGAGGCACUUGAUAGGACUUUGCGCGAUAUGAUGAAACAGGAAGAUGAAAGCACCAUGGACAAACCAUUUGGCGGUAAGGUUGUAGUUCUUGGUGGUGACUUCAUACAAAUUCUUCCAGUCAUUCCAAAAGGUGGAAGGCAAGACAUUGUAUCUGCUACAGUAAAUUCUUCUGAUCUUUGGAAAUACUGUAAAGUUUUAAAGCUCACUAAAAACAUGAGAUUACGCACAACAGGUUCACCAGAGCUUGCAACAGAAAUUAAAGAAUUUGCUGACUGA